AUGAUGGGCUCGGUGCUGCCUGCGGAGGUGCUGGGGCUCAAGGGCCCCCCUCCCCCGCCGGGGCCCCUCUCCUUGGCGGAGGUCAUCACCUCGGACAUCCUGCACAGCUUCCUCUACGGCCGGUGGCGCAGUGCUUUGGGAGAGCAGCUGCUGGAAGGUACCCCCCACAGUGGGAACCCCAAGACUGCCUUCACCGCCGAGGUCCUGGCCCAAUCCUUCUCCGGAGAGGUCCAGAAGCUGUCCAGCCUGGUCCUGCCCUCGGAGGUCAUCAUCGCCCAGAGCUCCAUCCCCGGCGAAGGCCUGGGCAUCUUCUCCAAGACCUGGAUCAAGGCCGGCACCGAGAUGGGACCCUUCACUGGGCGCAUCAUCGCCCCGGAGCACGUCGACCUCUGCAAGAACAACAAUCUCAUGUGGGAGGUCUUCAAUGAGGACGGGGCGGUGCGCUACUUCAUUGACGCCAGCCAGGAGGACCACCGCAGCUGGAUGACCUACAUCAAGUGCGCCCGGAACGAACAGGAGCAGAACCUGGAAGUGGUCCAGAUUGGGAACAGCGUCUUCUACAAGGCCAUCGAGAUGAUCCCUCCGGACCAAGAGCUGCUGGUCUGGUACGGGAACUCCCACAACACCUUCCUGGGCAUCCCGGGAGUCUUGGGCCUGGAAGAGGAGCAGAAGAAGAGCAAAACCGAGGACUUCCAUGGCUCAGACCCAGGCUCGGCCUCGGCGGGCCGCAUGCGCUGCGUGAUCUGCCACCGGGGCUUCAAUUCCCGCAGCAACCUGCGCUCCCACAUGCGCAUCCACACCCUGGACAAGCCUUUCGUCUGCCGCUUCUGCAACCGGCGCUUCAGCCAGUCCUCCACGCUGCGCAACCAUGUGCGCCUCCACACCGGGGAGCGGCCCUACAAGUGCCAGGUCUGCCAGAGCGCCUACUCCCAGCUGGCCGGCCUGAGGGCCCACCAGAAGAGCGCCCGGCACCGGCCCCACGGAGGAGCAGCCGGGGCCGCAGGGGCCGCCCUCCAGGCCGCAGCCGCCCUCCAGGCCCACUCCCCAGCCCUGACCGGCGUCCCCCUCCCGGGCCCCAUGGCCCACCACAUCCCCACCAUGGUCCUCUGAGGGCCACAGACACCUUAGACGCCUUGACUGGCCACCACUCCUCCCUGGCACAAGGCUCGGGCACAUGGGUCCGUUGGUGUCUUGAGCCCCAUGGAGGGUGUUGGAGAAGGUCUGGCACUCGAUUCUGUUGGGAUUGCCAUCACUGCACCAUUGUAAAUGGGAUAAGAUUGCCAACCAGGCACUUAUAACUCUAGCUCAGUGCUGGAAGCACUCCCCAUGUUUCUUUCUAGGAUUGACGAAGGCUCGCAAUGAUUGCUUAUGGCAGAUGGCAAAGCCUUCUCCAUGCCCCUCUGUUGCUUUUCAAUGGCAUUGGGCACCCAGACAUUCCAGUUGGGGCUGGGAAGGACUGGCAUGUGGGUUCGUUUGGGUGCCUUGAGUGCAAGAGAAGCAUCCAGUAUCCUUGAUGCCUUGGUUUCAAUGACUUGCCAACUCCUGCAUAACACGGGGCCAAGACUGGCCAUUCCUCCUCCCUGGCACAAGACUUGGGCGCAUUGGGAUGCCCUAAGCCCCAUGGACAAUGGCAAGAGAAGGGGAAUACCCUCACUUUUCAAUGGCAUUGGGGUUCCUGCCCCCAAAUGCAUAAUGCUGGGUUGGACUGACCACUCAUCCAGUUGGUGCAAGGCUUGGGCACGUGGGCCAAUUUGAAAAGUGGCAAGGGAAGGGACUGGCAGUCCAGGGAGCGUUUGGUCAACUUUCAAAUGAAUCCCACUGGUCUUAGAUUGAUCUUCUGCCCUGAGAACCGUGUUUAAAUAUUGGAAAGGAGCUCCCAUUGAGGAGGAAGGGGGAAAGUUUGUUUUCAGAGCCAUGGAUUCCAAUGGCUGGAAAAGAGAUUCCACCGAAACAUUAGGAGGAACUUUGAUGGCGAGGAGAGCUGUUUCACAUGAGAAUCUCCUUCUUUGGAAGUUUUAUAUACCAAGGCGAGAUGGCCAUCUGUCAGGAGGGAUUUAGAUGUGUCUUCCUGCCUGGCAGAAAAGGGUUGGACUGGAUGACCUUUGGGAGGGUCCCAAUUCCCCCUUGAUGAUUCCAUGAACCAAUGUUUCUCACCCUGGGUGCUUUCCUCCUGGAGAUGCCUGACUAUAUCUCCCAUCAGUCAGGUGGGAGAUUCCCAAUGCAUGGGAGAUGUAGUGCAGGGCCUAUCUCAGGCAUGGGUACU